AUGGGUGACUGGAUGAAUGAUAUGAAUAACUGGCGUCAGCGCUGGAGUCUACAGAACGUCUCGAUGCCAAGUGGUCCACCGUCUGCCUCGGUCUGUCUUCAAGCUGCACUACAAACUCCGGUUUUGGCGAAGAAGCGGACCCCCUGGCUCUCAGAGAUGGAAAGUAACGAGGACGAGGUAGCCUCCACCAGCGUGAUACAAGCCCGUCUGUGGAGUCCCAAGAUUCCAGCAAGACUGGGCAUGCGUUGCCUGACGCUCCAGUACGCCUUCCACAUGGGAGCGGCAUCUGACGACGUCUCCGUUGAUACCGCGUCCUCGGCCAGUCUAUCACUGAUGCAGCGUCAAGAAGGGUGCCUUCUCGCCUCGAAAUUUAUCCCUUUUGUGUUUAACUUUACGCACCGGCUUCCCUCCUCCUCCCUCUCCUUUCGUGUGUUUGCUGCGCGGUCAUGACUACCGCGCGAGUUGGUCAUUUUCGUCCUCCCAAUCGCGCGGGCACACGUAAUAGCGUGACGCACCAGUCACCUACUCGUCAACUGGCUGGCUGGUAGUGCGCCAAUUAGCUAUCAGCUGACGAAUGCGUACGCGUACGCUAACGCACACACCUCUUGUUAGCGCGCCGGGGCAGGGCCUGUCGACGGGGUAUCAGAAGAGUCUGCGGGAAGGCGGUGGCAUGUCCGGAAACUGGGUUGACAGUGGACGCAGACCGAACACGUCAAUUUCCAUGUGCCUCCCAAGGAAGCCAUCUCACUCUCAUUACUCGUCCCUGUGCUGACAUUGGUAUUCGUUCGCAGUAGCAUUGCAACGAAUUUUCCGUCCGUCUGUCACCCAGCUGCGAAUUUGAAGUCGAACGUUGAAGGGUCAUUUAGGCUUCACUGCAGUCAUCAACAAGUUAAUUCCUGUGGACACCUUCUAGCCCUAGAAGCUUUAGACACCGUCAGCACCAGUAUCUUCUUGGUGUUUCGACAUUGUCUAGGCCACGCUGACUGCAGGCGUAUUUUCGAUUUUCUAUUUCCAGUGGAGACGGCUCACCUUAACUGCACAUUUGACUCUCCCUGUGGAUGGCAUUCGGAUGCAAAUGACUGGGACGAGGCCCGAUGGAGCACCGUUGGACUGCAAGGAGCAGCCGGAGCAACCACCAAUAUGGCCACCUGCUUCACCAAGCCAAAGUGGCUCACAAAGGAGAGGCUGUCUGCCAGACUUUGGAGUCCGUCCAUUGGGCGUCCUGUCUUAUCGGCUCCCAGCGAUGACGAUGAGCCCGUACCCUUUGAAAGACCUAUUAUUCAGUGCUUGCGAUUCUCAUACGCAUUCCAGCUGCAGUCUCGGGAGAAUACUAUGCCGUCUGACGCUGAACCAAUAACGUUGGCUCUUCUGAAGCGACAGAGAGGGUGAGGGGCGGAGCCUAUGUGCUUGCCCGGUGUCAGUCUAUUUUAACAUAACUCGGCAGUUAGCGUGAGUUAUAACCGACGAAAGCCAGGGAGACUGGAAUGGGCGUUUCUGGGUUGGUUAUAUCGUCAGUCAGUCAUGCCCCAAUCAGUGGCCGGGAGGGGUCGGGGCUCAGAGUGGACCAGUCGACUAGCGCCGCUUCCACACUGCUUUGAUGCCUUGAUGGAGGAUGGCGUAAUUGCGCAUUAUGUGUAUAUGAUCUGCCGUAACUUAUUGAUAGUUGAAAUGUGCGCCCCAGUUUCUUCUCUUCAAGCAAGCACACCACCCCGGCCGUACCGUUUGCAGGCAAUAAAAGUGAAGCUGUGCAUCUCAGGCAUUCGUUGGGCACAAGAAGGUUACUCAGCCAUCGGGAAACAGACGUAUUUUCGUGGCGCCUCAAACUCACGCUGGAGUCCGUCCUCGAAGAGCGACUGCCUUGUCACAUCCAUCCUCUGUUUAUACCGAGUUUGGUGGCUACACCCAUUAGUCGGUCAGGCGUCUGUGUUUGGCCGCCACUAUGCACGCAGUCGUGGGGUUCCGCAUGCACUUUUACAUGGGCGGCUGCGUACCAAGUUUCUGUGACUACCGUCACACUGUCUGGCGGUGAUUCGCCUGGGUGUCUCUGCACCCCCUGCAGGCCAAAAUGGGGAAUGCACUGGCCCAUGACACUGAAUCUUCAUGAGGCCUUGGCUACCGCCAUACCUGCUUGUAGUACACAGACUGAUUCCACAUCGUAUAUGUGCAGAAUAGCAUUGCGGACAAAGACAAAAGGGGAGGCGGACCGGGAUGGCCAUUUCUGGCUCGCUACCGUCGUCAGCCAGCCCUACCCAAUCCCGAGGUGUGCAACCCCUGGGUCUCGAUCUCGCGACCUGCUGGUUAGAAGUCCAACACCUCUUGUCGGUUAAGACCGUGCAUACGUAAUGGUCAGCCGCCGCACGUCGUACAUGUGCAAAAUAGCAUGUUUCGCCACCUGUACAGUUCGGUAUGAGCUAUGUCAAGUGGAUUUUAGGAACUGCAUAAACUUCCAUGUGGAACGAAAACAAGUCCUGGACGGGGAAGAUGUUGAGAACAAAUAGAAGAAACCAUCGGUCGCCACGCAUGCUAUCGCGCUGGAUAUCCUUGGAGCCUCAUUGGAGCGACGCAGAGACCGGUAUGUCGGCAAAGACAGGGCAAUUCAAUGUUUUCCCUUUCAAGCGAAACGGCCUACACCGGACAUGUGUGAUUAGAAGGACCGUCGCAAACAUCGACACACCGCCAGCCUAGACCACAUCUAUCUUCUCAAGUUUCUGCCACAAAGAUCACAGGUUCUUCUCCGCCCCCCCCUCCCCCUGUCCUCGUUAGACGUCAACAGGGAGAAUAGGAGUCGAUUGUGUGUUUCGCCCGCUCUCGCCACUCCACUCACCCUUUUAGUUUUGUACUUAAAGAUGGAGUACUAGCGCAUAAAAAUUAUCUCGUGAAUUCGAGCGCAUACUGCUGUCCCCAACCUUCCUAGGUGUUAUCGAAAUGCAAUAAGGACUAGCCCGAAUAGACAGCACGGCCAAAACUAGUCCUUUUUCUGUCAGAAGAUUCACCCUGGGGUUGACCUCUCUCCCUCUCUGCUUCGCUUACAGGCGCCAAUCUCAAUUGCACAUUUGAGACUGACUCAUGUGAAUGGACAAACGAUCCCAACAACUGGUUGGCUUCCUGGCAGACUAGCUCUGCACGACGAGCUCACAGUCAGCAGAAGAUCCAUUCUUCACCGGAACUCUGUCUAAAACCCACGUUGCAUCCGCCUUCAUCGGCUUCCUCACCGCCGCCUGACUUUACGGGUCGUCUCUACAGUCCACUACUGCGUGGCAGUGACCGGGUCGGAUGCCUCAAGUUUACGUAUCUAGUCGUAGCGGCCGCAAACGCUGAUCGGAAACGAACAGCCCGUGGAUCUGGGCUUCCGAUAAUCUCCGUCUUGCGUAGGCACAUGGGGUGAGGCAACGGUUCUGAUCGGGCGUACUCAAACCCCAUCUCUGACUCGUCUCCUUACUGGCCCUCUUAGUGGUCUGUAGAUAGGGCUCUUUAGUUUUUUUUGGCCGCUUUUUAUGUCUUUACGUGUCCGUUGGGCAAUGCAUCCUCUCUCAUACACGUUUUAAUUGGUUCUCAUGGUGACUGUUGACAGCAUCCGGAGGAGUCGCAUCUCACGGGCUAGACUGUGCCUUCGAUUCAGGCAACGCUUGCAGCUGGGCUUCCGAUCCCCGGGACACCAGAGCAACCUGGAAGGUAAGAGAGGAUUUCGUCUGGCCGGGCAACGGGGCUCUUUGUGUGGACCGCACUUCAACUGCCCGUAUACGCCUGAAGUCGACCCUGUCAGCACGAAUUUGGAGCGCCACAGUUAUGGGCGAAGGCAAAGGCAGUUUGGACAGCUUCGAUUCAGCCGAAUUUCCAGACGAGACACUUGACUCGGAGACGGCAACAGAACCGAUGCUGCCCGUUCAAUGCAUCCGUCUGGCUUACCUGAUCGAUGCACGACAGCCCCCGCUGCACUCCGAUGCGCGUCCAUCCAUAGCUCUGCUUCGUCAUUCCUCUGGGUAGGAAACACGGGCUUGAGACGAUAGCGCGUAUACCUUAGUUGCCUUCGAUUUGCACAAAUGGCCUUGCCUCAAUGCGUACCGGAGCGCGUUUUCAUGCCUCACUUUCCCCCGACCCCCACCCCUCCACCCGACCUCUGACGUCUGAAUCCUUCCUCAUCUUCCAGGGCCGACCGAGCAGAGAUCUAGGAGUCGCCGACCCCCUCGGAUUGAUUGCAACUUCGAAGACGUGUCGUUUGCGGGCGGUCUCUGCGGUUGGAACAUCGAUCCGCGUGACGUGGGGGCUGCGUGGCAUUUGGACUCCAGCAGUAAAGAGACUUGGUCGACACUGGCUUGUGUGGAGCCCACGCUCUACCAUUCCGAAACCGAAGAUUUUGAAGAUAGAUUUGAAUCCUUUGACGCUGCUUCACAGGGCUCAUCUCCGCGCACCUUUUCCGCCCGUCUUUGGAGCGGUCAAGUUGGCCUACAGUCUUCAGCGGGUCCAGCGCUGCGUCCACAGUGCCUUCGGCUGGUCUAUCGUUUUGCGCCGUUGUCUCGACUGCCGUCUACAGGGGUAGACUAUAAACUCACCUUAUUGCGGCAUUCAGCGGGGUGAGAAUCGAGUGUUUUCUUGCCAGCGUGACUUUCACCAGCCAGGAAGAGUAGGCGUUAAGUGGUUUUGACACAUCAGUCAAGUGUUUGAAGGAGGCUGCAGAAGAGGCAGCCUGUUUCAGUCACCUGUUGCGUGUUUCCUCUUACCUCCUUCUUGUUUUGCGCGCAGACCAGCAACUCCGCCCGUUGCCCACCGCCAUCACAGGCGGCAGCGGCGGCGGCGGUUCAGGUACUAUGGGCGUGAUUGACUGCAGCUUUGAGUCGGGCAACUUUUGCGGCUGGAAGGACGACCCCCGUGACAGUGGCGCGGCAUGGAGUAUCGUCGACUUGUCAUCCGAUUCCGAGCAGUCGGGUCAUGCACUCUGCCUUCGUCCCGCUUCAGGCGCCAUCUCCGAAGACUUUGAUGACCCCUUUGAGGACAUCCCACGUGCAACGAAAUCGGAACUUUCUGCUCGUCUGUGGAGUCCGAGGGUCCGAAUGGGUGUAGCCCCACUGAUGUGUCUUAAAUUGGCCUACAGCACUAGACCGUCGAUGAAUAUCAGCGCUAGACUGAGCUUAAUGCGCCACUCCUCUGGGUAAGGUGGCCUGAGUGCAUGUUCACAAAAAGACAUCAGCCAACCAGGUUCGACAUCCUCACCCUAGCGCUAGGUGACAUCUUAGCUAGCUGCUUUCGGCACUUCUCUGUUGGUUUCCCAGCCACUCAGCUGUCCGUACUUAUCUAGAUUCACACGGGCGGGUGGUCUCUUCUGCCGACUGCAACUUUGACGGGGAUGGCCUUUGCAGAUGGAUGCCCGAUCCGCGAGAUGGUGGGGGACGCUGGUCUCUCGAGACCCCUGCAGGAAGCCAAACUGACAGCCGUGUGGUCUGUCUUCGACCAGGCCGUCGCUCCGACUCGCAGGCCGAUCCAUUUUCUCUACUCGAUGAGGAGGAGGAAGAAGGAAAUGCUAUCGACUCUGGUUCUAGCAGCAGCAGCAGUAGUAGAAACCUGUCUGCACGUUUGUGGAGCUCGAAAAUUCGCACUUUGGAUGGAACUCCAGUUCAGUGUCUCAAGCUGGCCUAUCAGAUCGUUUUGGGCGAGCCCAGCAGUGUUGAGGAAUUGCCUGUCAUCUCAGGUCCACCGAAUCUAGCCAUGCUUCGACAUUCAUCGGGGUGA